AUGUCCACUCCCUCUCCCACACCAUCGGCACCAGCGCCGUCGUCUAUCCCCUCAACCUCCACAACGACGACACUACCCACAGUGCCCACACGGCCAGCCGCCCUGGCAGGCCCUUCGGCGGGCAUCGCAAACCCGGCUUUCAAUGCUGGGAUGGGCAAUUACUCCUCACCAUACUCGUCCUACGGCUCCUCGUACUCGUCGCCCUACAACCGGUUCGGCUCGUAUUCGCCCUACGGCAUGAACAACAUGUACGGGGGCGGGUACGGCGGGUAUGGCGGAUCGUCGUACUCGCCGUACGGCAUGUCGAGCAUGUACCCGUCGCCCAUGGGGAUGGGGAUGCCGUAUGGGGGCAUGCCGAGCGCCCCGGGGCUGGACCCCAACGCUCCGCCGUCGCUGACCCAAACGCUGGAGGCGACGACGGCGCAGACAUUCGGGAUGCUGCAGGCCCUCGUGCAGACAUUCGGCGGGGUCGCGCAGAUGCUCGAGAGCACGUUUGCCGCAACACACGCGAGCUUUUUCGCCAUGCUCGGCGUCGUCGACCAGGUCUCCGCCCUGCGUUCCGCCCUGGGCAGCAUCCUUGGCCUAUUUGGCCUAGUCCGAUGGCUGCGCGACCUCCUCACCGGCCGCGCACCCGCCUCCGCUCCCGCGCUGAACUCGGAGUUCCGCCAGUUCGUGAAUGGCGUCCCGCCCAAGCCCGCCGGCGCGCCCCAGCAGCCGCGCGCGAGCAGGAAGCCACUCAUCAUAUUCUUGCUCGCGGUGUUCGGCGUGCCGUACGCAAUGCAUCGCCUUGUGCGUGCGCUUAUCGCGCGCCAGCAGGCAGCCGUUGCGGCGCAGGGCGGUGGGCAGCUGCCCCCGCUGGACCCCUCGCAGCUGACGUUCGCGCGCGCACUGUAUCUAUUCGAGGGCGCGGGCCCCAUGGAGCUCUCGUUGAAGGAGAACGAGAUCGUUGCGAUCAUGGGCAAGCUCGACCCCGCGACGGGCGCUGAGGUUGAUCCACGGCUUGAGGUCGAGAGCGAGUGGUGGAAGGGUCGGACGAGGGAGGGCCGCGAAGGCUGGUUCCCGCGCAAGUGGGUGCAAGUCCUCGAGCGUCGGAAACCCAUCGAUGCUCCUCCUCCGCCGGCUGCGGCGCCAGUCGAGACGAAGAAGGUCGCGUAG